AUGACUGGUCGUGAAUCGAAUCGCAUUAAAGAUGCCGAAAAGAAACGCGUACUCGAUGAAGCUGCUCGCCAGCGACGUGCCCGCAAAGUCUUAGAAGCCCUAGAGCAAGACAAUUUCCACGAUGAUCCCCAUGCCGAUUUGGUUAUGUCAAAGAAAGUUCCCAAAUUUCAGGAUAAUCUAAAAAAUCCUAAAGAAAAUCGUAAAUCAAAACGUAAAGGUCCCGAGUACUAUCGUGCAAAAUAUCGCAAAAAUUUUGCUCAACUAUUGGAUGAAGAAAAACAACUGAAUCCUGAUCCUCCAAAUUAUACAAGUGCUCUAGCCCCACCGCCAUCGAAACCGGCGCGACACUUUUGUGCCGUCUGUGGUAAUUUUUCGAAAUAUUCCUGCACUGCUUGUGGAACACGUUAUUGUUGUAUCCGUUGUCUGGGUACGCAUCAGGAUACGAGAUGCUUGAAGUGGACCGUUUAAA